UCGGAUAAAGCGGAUGAGGAUGGAUGGAUGGAUGGAUAAGAAAUACAUUUUCUGACACAUGGCAUCUCCUUUGAGCCUUCUCUUUCGCUAAAAAAAAUAAACUAAUCUCUAGUUUAGUCAUUAUUGUAAGGUCACAGUGUUAAGGGUUUUUUUGAAAGUGGGUGAGUUGUUUGCUUGUUUGUUUUUUUUACUUCACAAUAUUUGUUUGAAUAGCUGAAAAACUUCAAUUCAAGGAUUUGUCACAAAGUUUAACACUGAGACUUAGAGCCUGUAUUAUAUAUUAGAAAACAUUUAGUGCAUGGGAUUGAAAAAAGUGGCAUUUUAAAGGACAAAAUCAGGACAAGUGUCUGUUGUAGUUUUGCGUAAACAAGAAGGCAGGAAGGGGAUGGAAGCGCCCCGCUGGUUUUAUUUUAUCGCACUGAAUUGACAGAGGAUAGAAUAUAGGUUGGAUAGUUAACACAUAUGAGUGAGAAAACAAUAUUUAUGCAGUCACUGAUCAUUGAUGGUCAUGAGGACCAUUCACAGAAAUGUGGGGAAUGGACUGAAGACUGAGAACACUACAUCCACAUAGACAGAAUACACUUUUUGGUAGAUCCAUGGAGGUUUGCAGGCAUUCGUUUUUUGCACAUGGGUCUGGACUUUAGAUAAUUUCAUAAAUAGUUUCUCCUUUAUGUAAAUAUAAAGCUACAGUCAGGAGACAAUUAGCUUAAAACUAGGAAGAGAGAACAAAAGGACUAGUUUGACUUCAUCCAAAUUAUUAUUAUUAUUAUUUUGGUAAAUAAAACUAAAAUAUAACAAAUGUUUUUAGAGCUAUUAAGGGAUCGGGGUAGAUUAGACAAUAUAAGAAGUGAGUUAUUGAGUUGGACAUUUUUAGCUCGUUUCUCUGUUUUGCAAUCAGGGCAAAAAAAAAAAAUCAGUUUGGAAUCAGGAAAUAGAUUUGAGAGCAAAAUUACAGACGGGACUAAAGAAAAUGAGUUUUUUUUAUUCCUUGUAAAUGUUUAACUUUAUUUCACAUUUUGAUUUUAAUUAAAAACUAGCUGAUGGGAGCCUGUAUUCACUGUAUAAGUGGUGUCUAUUUUAAUAUUGUUAUUAUCAACUAUCUGUGCAUAAACACAUUAGCAUAUUCUCCAAAAUGUCAAAUAAUGUGCAAUAAAUUAACCUUUGGUGUUUGCCUUUUUGCUAUUUCUAAUUUAAUGAAAACUCAAAAGUAAACUCUGGGUGGUUAAUAUGUGAAGCAGAAUCAAUAUGAAGGUCAAUCCAUUAGAAAAUCACAAAGUUUAAAAUAAGAGAGACACGCACAGAGGUUCUGGUGUGAGUGCAGUGCGUCUGUGCCUGCCUCUGUGCAGCUGUGAGCAGUUGUAGUGGAUAUGAUGAGGGGAGGGCGCGUGUGCAGGAUCUCUUGUUUGUAGACCACAAGGAAUACUCUGCAAGGAGGAGACAUCAGUUUUGCCAGCGGCACAGCAGAUCAGGAGGAAGCCCACUUGAUUGUCCCAUCUAUGCCAUGUGAUUUUCCUUACAUCGACCCGGGGAAGAGUUCAGGCUUACAAAGCUUAAGGCAGAUUUACAUGAAGAAGCAAGGAAAAGGAAACACUGCCAGCAUCCCCAUUUCUUCCCCAACAGGGAGCAGCAGUGUGCAGGUCUACCAUGACUAUGAGAAGGUGGCCUUUAAGAUGCAUUCUGGAAUUGGUCAUGCUGCAGAAAACAUUUCUCAUCCCAGGAGAGACCGGCUCUCCAGCCGAGCUAGUGCCCACGUUCCAGACAUCAACUCCAUCAGCCACGAAGAAAAGCGCAGCAAGAAAGACGAGACUGGCCACAGGAGCUUCAUGCGGAUGAUGGAGUCAAGCAGCCAGGGCUACUCGGGGCCAGAAGACAACUCAACAGACCCACAUGAAACCCUGACAGAGACUUCAACUCUGACCUUUGUGGAUGCAUGCACUACGGAGGAGUCAGCAGAGAGCCGCAGUCUCCACGGAGUGGGGAUGGUUUAUCUCAAGGAGUUUGUGCUCAUAGAUGAUGAUGAAGAUGGGGACAUGUCGCUAAGAGAGAAAACAGUGACAGACGUGUCCUUGAUGGAUGGAAAAGCUGCAGACCUGGUGUGCAGCAGGCUUUUGUCCACCUCCAGCGGUUCAGUGUCAGAGUGCAAGGAGGAGUCAUCUGCUCCUGACGCGCCUCCUCCUGAGGAGCCUGAAGCUGCACAUGAAAAGAAAAGCUGCUGUUUGUGCACACUUUUAUGACCCUUCAGGAUCUCACAGAUUUGAAAACCAGCACAGCUUUGUGUCCAUCAUAUGAACUGUGAUGCUGUCUGUGAUAGAAACCUGAGCAGUCACUCGUGGUAGGGGAAGCAGAAGAAGAUUACAUUCCUGACAUGCUUUUUUUAGCAACCAGCAAAACAUGUUCAAGUUCAAACACCAACCACUAAUGUGUUCAGUCAAACUGCUUUUUCAUUAUAAAUAUGAAAUGUAUGAAACAGUAUGGUGCAUUUGAUAAACUUACAGUAAGAAUGAUGAUCUGGAUUUUGAUACAUGCAUGUUUCUGCAAUAAAUGGCCGACUCUUGAAAUAUCAGGUGCUAGACAACAACUAACAAGAAAUAAAAGAAAUUUCAGUAUUAAAAUGUCCCGCCUACUUAUAUUACUAAUGUCCCAGUUUCAUUUGUCCAUUUGAGAUAACCCCACCUUUAAUAAUUGUAACAGCAAAGAUCACAAUGACUGAUCAUGCAGAGAGAGUCUUAGGUUUAGGUUGCCCUGGAUCCUGUGUUUUUUUUACAAAAAGAUCCACUUUUUAACUGCAUUGUUCCCUCGCCAUAAAUUAUGUUGGCACAAUGGUUCAGUGCUAAUCAACAGCUGGCGUAGGCAAAAAUAACUGAGUGCCACCUGAGUGUUAUUUUUAUUUGGAAGGAAUAUGUGGAACACAUUUGCCAGAACUCAAAGAUACAAACUGUGUGUUUCUGUAAGAUGCAAGCCUUUUUCCUCACAUGCACUGUGUCCAUGAACUUCUCUGACUAUUACACUAAGUUUUUGUGUGUGAUAAUGCAGGAGCCAGUGCUUUUAGAUAAGUGCGACCUCCCUGUGUUAGAUCAGGUGGAUCGCAAGAUCUUGAAUGCCAAGAUUACAACUGAAGAAAUUACUAAAUCUAUUAGUUUAUUAAAAAAUGGUUAGAGUCCAGGCCCAGAUGGGUUAGGGAAUGAAUUUUACAAACAGUUCAAUAUUAAAUUCAGAUCAAAAAAUCCUGGCUAAAAUACUAGCGAGUAGACUCAAUAUGGUAAUAGAUAAACUGGUACACUCAGAUCAAACAGGCUUCAUACCAGAUAGGAGUUCCUUUAAUAAUCUUAGGCGUCUAUUUAAUAUAAUUUACUCCUCUAAGGUGCAACAGGAUCUACUUGUACUUAGCUUAGAUGCCGAAAAGGCAUUUGAUCAUGUGGAGUGGUCCUAUCUCUUUGCUGUCUUAGAGAAAUUUCAACUGGGACAAGAUUUUAUUUCCUGGAUAAAAUUACUCUACAAGAAUCCCACAGCCAGAAUCCUCACAAACCAAACAUUAUCCACUCAGUUUAAUAAAGAAAUAGGUCUAUAUGAUCCCACUUCCUCCAAGACUUUACCUUUUUUUGGAAGUACUGUAAUAAUUGCUUAAUUCAAUGUUGGUGGUAGAGUGCCCAGUUUGUAUGCAUGUACAGUUUAAAUAGAUAUGGAACAAGUUUAAGCUCAGCAGAGGGACACGACAGGGAUGUGUUCUUAGUCCAUUACUGUUCGCUCUGGCUCUGGAACCCCUGGCACAGACAAUUCGUACUCACCCUGAUAUACAUGGUUAUGACACAGUAUAUACUUCUAAUACUAUAUCGCUCUAUGCUGAUGACAUUUUACUAUACAUACCAAAACCCCAAACUUCCGUCCCAGCAAUCCUCUCCGUUAUUGACAAAUUUGGCACCUUCGCCUGUUACAAGAUCAACUGGGGAAAAAGUGAAGUAUUGCCCAUCAAAUUGGAAAGCAAUGAGUGGCUUGCAUCUCUCCCAUUUAAAAUAAGUUAUGAAAAAAUUAUAUAUCUGGGUAUCUCAAUAACAAGAAAAUAUAGUUCCUUAGUGAAAGAAAACUUUCUCCCUCUACUGGAGAAGCUAGAAAACAACAUCCAGUUUUGGAGGACACACCCUAUCUCAUUGAUAGGAAGAGUGAACUCAAUAAGGAUGGUCUUUCUCCCGCAAUAUCUGUAUUUGGUCCAAAAUAUCCCAAUUUUCCUGCCCAAAUCUUUCUUCAAAAAGCUGGAUGCCAUUAUUAUGCCGUUUAUAUGGAACUACAAAACACAUAGAAUAAAAAAAGAACAUCUUUGUGAACACGGAUCCCUUGGAGGACUUGCACUACCUAACUUUAUGCAUUAUUAUUGGGCAUCAACUUUAAGAAUAAUUUCCCUCUUACUGGAUGGUACAGCGUUACUCCCCCAUGGUCUGCAGAUGGAGCGGGAGGACUGCCUUCCUUACUGUGUUGGUGGAAUAUUACUUUCUCCUACUCCCUUGACAAGUGCAUACUAUAAUUAUAACCCAGUGAUCCAUACCACUUUGAGAAUUUGGAAACAAAUAAUUAAGCACUUUAAACUGAAACCAUUAUCAAUGAGCAUGCCUGUUACAGCUAACCCCUCUUUCCUUCCAUCAUGUGCAGACGGUGCUUUCAACGUGUGGCAGGAACUGGGAAUUCGUAAAUUAAAAGACUUAUAUUCAAACGAUACCUUCAUGUCAUUUCAACAAUUAAUAGAUAGAUUUGGACUACCGUGCAGCCAUUUUUUUUAGAUAUCUUCAACUACGAAAUUAUAUAUAUUAUAUAUGAAAAUCACACAUCUGCCGCAGUUUGACAGCAUACCGUCUGACACCUUGGAUAGAUGCCUUAGUGAUAGCCGGGGGUUCGAACAGAAAAUCUCAUUAUUCUAUAACUCAAUACAGGAGAUGAGUAUACCUUCAACUCAUUCAAUUAAAGAGGAGUGGGAAAAGGAAUUUGGGAUUUCCCUAUCGGAAGAUUUUUGGCAGGAGGUCUUACGCAAAAUAAAUACGCUUUUUAUUAAUUCCCGUCAUUGCUUAAUUCAGUAUAAAAUUGUACACAGGUUACAUUGUUCAAGGGAAAGACUUCACAAAAUGUAUCCAGACUGCUCUCCCCUCUGUGAAAAAUGUAUGACACAUUAUGGAAAUCUGUUACAUAGCUUUGCACUUUGUCCAAGGCUUCAGGGUUUUUGGUGUGACAUUUUUACUUAUCUGUCUAAUAUUUUUAAAAACAAGAUUGAACCAAAUCCAACAGUAAUUAUCUUUGGGAUCUCCAAAGAAACACAAAGCUUACAACAUUCUCAAAAAAGGUUUAUGUCAUAUGCACUGAUCAUCGCAAAGAAACUGAUCCUGCAGCUUUGGAAAGGCAAAGAGGUUCCUGUGUUAAAGAUGUGGCUUGCAGAGCUUACCAAUACACUUCACCUUGAAAAAAUAAGAUAUACCAUGAAUGGCAAUGUGAAAG